UGCGGUGGGACUCUGUAACUCAAAGCGAAAGCAAAAGCAUGCGUAACCGAAUGCUAUCGCUUUUUUGGUACUCUGUAUCGAUAUUCGGAUUAGAUCGGUAAUGCCGAAGUUGUAUUCGGAAGCAAAGCAAAAGCGACAAGAUUUCGGCGGCGUGAUCUGCGCGAUUGUGCUUUUAUCUCUUUCCUUUCAGUUGGUGUUUCACAAUUUCGUCAAUAUUCUUGUUGAGGUUUGAGGUUAGAUCGCAUUAGAUUGUUUAUUUUGUUUGAAUUCAUAGUCUCUCGCUCAAAUUUUAUAUUCAGUUUAUCACUUUAUCAGUAUUAUGAAUAAGCAAUUGAAAACAAAUCCCUGCCAAUGGAGUCGGUUUUUAGAUUUUGCUGAGAAGAAUCCUGUGGUUCUGACGAAAAAAAUGGAAGGCCCCUUUGGUAGGGAGAAGUACAACAAGUUGUGGACUGAACUGACCAGCUCUUUAAAUAGUAUGGGGUAUAUAGUGAAAACCACCGAGAAGUGGCAAAAAGCUGUGGCUGACUGGAAGGGGAAAGUCAGGACAAAAGCAGCUGAAAUAAAAAUUGAGCUGAAGAAAACAGGUGGAGGAAGUCCAGCAGGAAAACAACUUUCUGAAACUGAAAAGAGGUUGAUAGGAAUCAUGGGAUGGACAUCAAUAAGGGGAGACGGAACUCUCGAGCUUGGAUGCCCCUCAACCAGUACUAUUCCUGAACAAAUCCCAGAAACUCAGAUAGAGUUUGAACACAAUUAUGACUUUAAAACAAUGCCUCCGUCUCAAAGGAAUGUAUAUAUCCCACCACCACCAUUAAUUGGUAUAUCAUCAUCAUCUUACAUUAAUAUGGAUAAAUCUAUAGUGUCUGAGACAGCUAAAUAUGGACCCAACUCCACCUCAACACCACAACAUUCUCCUGUGGAUAACGAAAAUAUACCUAUGCCUGUGGAAGUGAAGAAUAGCAGAAAACGUAAACUGCCUAUUAAAAAAAAAACUUUCAUUUCACAGAAGCGUUCUAACACUGUCAAUUUAGAAAAUAUGCAUAAUGAAACACUAGGCAUAUUAGGAGAAAUAAAUUCAAACUUGAAAAGACUGGGUGAUUCUCAAGAGGAACUAUGUGGAAUCCAUAAUAAAAUUUUAGAUGUCCUAUUGCAUACUAAAUGAAUAUAUCAAAAUAUAUUCAUUUCAUAUUAGUAAAUAUGUUGAAUGACAGAUAGAGAAGUGGAACCAUUUUUCUAUUGAAUUUUGUUUGUUAACUAAUUUUUUGUACAACUGUCAAAAAUCUUGCAUCUCUGCACCAACCUUAUAUUUUCAACUAUGAUAGUAAAUACUGUCUGUAAAUUAUUUGGAAUUUUCUCCUCGUUUCUAUAAAUAAAAUUAUGGGUAGGCAUUAUUAUUUAUAGAAAUGAGUAGAAAAUCCCAAAUAAUCUACAGAUAUGAUGAGUAAUAAGAGUUUGAAUAAUUUCAAUUUAAAAGCAAGAACCUUUUCCACCUUGCUGCUGAUUAGAAAUACAAUCGAGAAUGAAAUGCUUUUUUGUUACUAACACCAACACACUGUCCUUUAUAUUUCUUUCUGCUAUGGUUGCAGAUUUUCAGACAGUUGUACAAAGAAUGUUUUGUAAAUGAUACUAACCAUUGUGAUGAAUGUACCUUUUUCAUGAUAAGAUUUUGUUUGCCUCUUGUUAAGAUUUUCACUAUUUAUUGUGGAAACUAAUUUUGUGAUGAAAGUACCUUUAUUUUAUUAAUGAGAAAAACUGUUUUUUUUCUUAUGAAAUCAUAUAUUUUUAUUUUUUUUAUUUUUAUGUUCAAAUUGGGAAUGAUU